CGUCUAACAGGCAUCAGAAUAACCUCAUCACUAAUGGAAGGUUCUGAUGAUAGAGACGAACACGUCUAACAGGCAUCAGAAUAACCUCAUCUCUAAUGGAAGGUUCUGAUGAUUGAGACGAACACGUCUAACAGACAUCAGAAUAACCUCAUCUCUAAUGGAAGGUUCUGAUGAUAGAGACGAACACGUCUAACAGACAUCAGAAUAACCUCAUCUCUAAUGGAAGGUUCUGAUGAUUGAGACGAACACGUCUAACAGGCAUCAGAAUAACCUCAUCUCUAAUGGAAGGUUCUGAUGAUUGAGACGAACACGUCUAACAGACAUCAGAAUAACCUCAUCUCUAAUGGAAGGUUCUGAUGAUUGAGACGAACACGUCUAACAGACAUCAGAAUAACCUCAUCUCUAAUGGAAGGUUCUGAUGAUAGAGACGAACACGUCUAACAGACAUCAGAAUAACCUCAUCUCUAAUGGAAGGUUCUGAUGAUUGGUGUUGCUUUGUGCACUGAUUGAUAUUCUAGCGAGUUCUUGAUCCACUGGUCCUUUAAGAGAUCACCCACUCUGACUCAGAAGAGAAUAUCUCUCUCUUCUGAGAAAUGAUCUGCAGGGAGCUUUACAAUCAGAGUUAUUGUUCCACUUUACAAUCAAUGGGAAAUUCAUGUUUGACCAGAACUGAGAUCAUGUAUAGUCCUGAUGAACUCUUCCUCUUCCUCUUCCUCCUCUUCCUCUUCCUCCUCUUCCUCCUCCUCCUCUUCCUCCUCCUCAGUGAGUCAGCGUGUCGGUUCUACAGCCAUCAGAUGAAGGGGAGGCACCUGGCGAUGAGGAAGAUGAGUGAGAUCCAGAGGAGCAUUGAGGGCUGGGAAGGGAAGGACAUCGGUCAGAGCUGCAGUGAGUUCAUCAUGGAGGGCACGCUGACCCGCGUGGGCGCCAAGCACGAGCGCCACGUCUUCCUGUUCGACGGCCUGAUGGUCUGCUGCAAGUCCAACCAUGGCUCGCCGGCCGAGUACCGGCUGAAGGAGAAGUUCUUCAUGCGCAAAGUCCAGAUCCACGACAAGGAGGACAAGGAGGGCGAGUACCGGCACGCCUUCGAGAUCCUCCUGAAGGACGGCAACAGCGUGGUGUUCUCCGCCAAGUCCGCGGAGGAGAAGAGCGGCUGGAUGGCCGCGCUGAUCUCCCUGCAGUACCGCAGCACUCUGGAGCGCCUGCUGGACUCUGCACUGCUGCAGCAGGACGAGGCGCUGCUGCCGCCCGGGCCCGACCGGUACCGCUUCGCCUGGCCCGACUCCCAGCAGAACGUCCUGUUCGAGGAGAACACGCAGAACCAGGCCGGCAUCCCCGUGGUGAAGGCCGGCACGGUGCUGAAGCUCAUCGAGAGGCUGACCUUCCACAUGUACGCCGUCUCGCUGUUAGAGCUGUGA